CGAGUCGAAACGAGCGGAGUGUGUGCAGUGUUGCCUACCGCGCAGGGAGCACGACACUCGCCGCCGUCUCUCGGAACCCCGUUUCUACAAAUCUUUCUGUUAUUUUUUUUUAUCAUAAAUUUCGGUGUGCUUUUUCUUUUCCUCAACUUGCUGUCGUGUUCGUCCAUAGUAUCGUUCGCGGGAAACGAGAUAUAUAUAUAUAUAUUAUAUAUAUUCAUGAUAUAUAUAUAUAUAUAUAUAUAUAUAUAUAUAUAUUACAUUAAAACAAAUAAUAAGCGUGUAUAUCGCAUAUCGGCCAGAUAGUUUUACUCUUCGAAAUUAAUCUUUUUCAAUCAAUUUGUGAAAGAGGAAAAUAAACAGAAAGAGAGAGAGAGAGAGAGAGAGAGAGAGAAAGUCGGUGAAAGAGAUAGUAAGAAAGAAAGAAGAUUAUAUAUAUAUAAUAAUAUAUAUCAUAAUAUAUAACGAAAAGGAAACAAAAGUUCUCUAAAGGAAAGAUGACGCUCGGAAUUGCGUGGUUAACGCGCUUAGCGACGUCCCAACCCUCUCGUGCGUUCACGUAGGAUUGAAUUUUUCUUUCGUCGGUAAACGAGGGGGGAGGGGUGGGUGGGUUGGUUGGUUGAUGGUUGGUUGGUUGGUUGGUUAGUUCGGACGUUUGGUAUUAAUAAUUUCGAAGCUGGAGCUGGUAUCGGUGCCGGUAUUGAAGAGAGGAGGUGGAGGUGGUGCACCAGGAGCUGGUUUCCUGGAUUGGUCGAGCUGGCGAAGGAGACAAGGAGAGCUAAGGAAGAAGCCUCGAUAAAAAGUAAAAAAGUGAACAACAAAAGAAGAAGAGAAAGAGGAAAAGGAAAAAGAAGAAGAAGAAGAAGAAGAAGAAGAGAAAUAAGAGAAGGAAACGUUAGUGGUUGUGACGAUUCGUUAUUAGCUCGACUUUUCUAACGGGCCAUUAUUAAUCGGCUCGAAUAGACAUCGCGGAUUUAGACACAUAUCCAAACGCUCAUAUCGAUCAUUCUCUCAUUGUUAACAAAAAUUUAAAAAAAAGAAAGAGUAUAUAUAUAUAUGUAUUAUAUGAUAUAUAAUAUAUAUUUAAUAUGCCGUGCAUUUGAAUCAGAAUCUAUUAUGAUUUUCGAGGAAUAUCAAAAGGAGGAGCAAGGAACAAUGCUGAUAAUGAUGACGAUGAUACGUAUAUAAUAUAAUAUACGUGUGUCGUGUGUAUAUGUAUGAAUAUCAUAUCCCCCAAGCUAGGAACGUAACACAUUCGUCGACGAACGUGUUUUUUGAUUUUAAUCCUUUUUAAAAUAAAAUAUGAGGUGCCUAAGUAAAGAAGUUAUUUAAUAUAAAGUAAUAAGAGAAAAUUAAUAGGAGGAAGAGAGAGAGAGAGAGAGAGAGAGAGAGAGAGAGAGAGAGAAAGAAAGAGAGAAAAAAAGAGAGAAGAAAAGAUAGAGAGGAGAAACUAGUGCCUAAAAAAAAAAAAAAAACAAAGCGUACGUAAAGUAACGCUAAAAGUUUGUUAAGGUACGCGUGGUUAAACGUCACGAAAUCCUCGCGAUUAAAAUAAAAUUAAGUAAUUAAGCCAAUUCCUCCAUCGAGAGAGAAUUUCAUCGGUUCGCGACGGUCGGAAAAAGGUAAAUCAAGAAAGAUAGAUAAAGAGAGAAAAAAGAGAGACAGAGAGAGAAAGAGAAAGAAAGAGAGAGAGAGAGAAAGGGAAAAAGAGAGAUCGAAUUUUCGUGGGUGGCCCUCGUCCGAUCACGAACAAAGAGCACAAAAGUCGUAAGUAAUGUCACGACUAAUGCUCUGCAAUCUCGCGAAUACGUCGACCGGGGGAAAUGAUACGAAUAACAACGCGAAUACGAACAGCAGCAUGGAGGACGACGAUUCUUAUCCACUGCCAACGAUCUAUCGGUGUCGCGCACCCAUAGCCAGCUUGGAUUGCAUGGAAGAGUUCAACGGCGGUGGCGGUGGUGCAGAGACAGGCGUGCACUGCAGCAACACAGCAGGAACGAAAGAGCAGCUACUGACUAGCUGCAUUGCUGCACAAGCGCAACGUUUACAGCAUCCUUCGCCAGGUAUUCGGUAUCGCAACUUGGGGAAAAGUGGUCUACGUGUUUCCAAUGUUGGGUUAGGUACUUGGACAACCUUUGGUGUAGGGGGAUGCGGCAACGAAGAAACCGCCGAAGCUGUCGUUGCUCUCGCAUACGACAGCGGCAUCAAUGUGUUCGACUUGAGCGAAGCCCACAGCGGCCAUCGUGCGGAAAUACAAUUCGGUCGGAUUUUAUUGCGCCGUGCUUGGAACCGUUCGAGCUACGUCGUUACGACGAAAAUAUAUUGGAACACGAAGACAGAGGGACGAGGAUUGUCGCGUAAGCAUAUAAUCGAAUCUGUGCAAGCGUCCUUGGUCAGACUGCAGCUGUCCUACAUCGAUAUCGUCAUGAUUCACAAAGUCGAUCCAAUGUGCCCAAUGGAAGAGAUAGUACGCGCCAUGAAUUACGUGAUAAGCAAAGGUUGG